AUGGAGCUCGAGAAGAAGCCUACCACCACUCGUGCGUCUGGGCGCACUAGAAAGCCAACCACGAAGGCCAAGGAGGCCGAGUUCAGCAAGGUCACAAAGCCUAGGGCUAAGGCCAAGCCCCGGAAGAGGGCAGUUAAGACGGAUGUUACAGCAUCCAAGGCCUCCAAACAGGAGCCAGAGCAGAGCCAGCCCAAGCUGGAGAGUCCAGAGCCGGUCAAGCCAGAUACCGGCAAAGAGGCUGUAGCGCAUCCUAAAUUGCCAGCCAUCCCAACCAUUCCCAUCACCGAUGAGACGGGCAGGACUACCGGGCUGCUCCAAACACCACCAAGGCUCAGCAAGGAGGACGAACAAGCAGUAACCAGUCUGCUUGAGCUGGCGGCCGCGGCCUUAGCGCCAGAUUUCAUACCAGAGGUCGAGCUCGACCCGGUGGCUGUAAGCCACCAAUUCUACUCCCAAUUCCCGACGGCAGCAGAGGCAGUAACGAUGGGUCGGCUGGCCAACUCAUCCGAGCUCGCCUGUCCCGAUCUCCCGCGUCCGUACACCGACAAGCAAGGCUGGACGCACACCGGCCGAGUCAAUGAACUCGGCGAAGAGUACAUCGUCAUCCCAUCAUCGUUCACUAGAUGGUCGCCCGCCGAGCCCAUUGAUCCUACGCCAGUCAUGGAAGCCUGA